UCGAUAACCAUUUCACACUUCAACAUAAAAUAAUUAUAAGUAAAAGUGUUAAGUAGUUAAUCGAAUCAAAAUAAAAUUAAUAAGGAACUUAUUUUUACUUUAACAUUCGGUUGGGUGAGCGGUGAAACAGAUACUUAUCGGAACAAAAUACUUGGGUUGGUACUAACACAACAAUGGGCCUACUCGGUGCCGUAAGCGGCGUCCAGGGCGCGCUGGGCAACGUGACCAACCCUGUCCUGGACGCGGGGGUCCAAGCCAGCCUCAUGACGCUGACGGCAGCCCUAGGAGUCGUCACGUCUGGACUCAGUGAGGCUGCGUUUGAUUGGCCCAAGACUUCGCCGCUUUCUGGUGGCGAGAGGUUUGACUUCAUAGUGGUGGGUGGCGGCGCGGCGGGCUGCGUGCUCGCUCGCAGACUCACCGAGCUCUCUGAUUGGUCGGUGCUGCUGGUGGAGGCCGGGGGGGAUCCACCGCUUAGUAGUGUUAUCCCAGGAGCCUUCAUGCUGCUAACAUACAGCGAGCAGGACUGGGCGUACCGGGCUGAAGACGACGGCUACUCCGCGCAGGCGCAGAAGCUCAAACACGUGGUGCUGCAUCAGGGGAAGAUGCUGGGCGGUGGCUCGUCGAGCAGCUUCUUGGUUUAUGGGAGAAGUAAAAACCUCUCAUGCGGCGACUGGGACGUCCCGGGCUGGGGCUUCGACGACCUCUACCCGUACUACCUGAAGGUGGAAGACCUGCAGGUGCCCGACAUCAUCAACAGCCCCGACAACGUGCACCACAGCCAGAGCGGACCCAUAAUCCUCACCACCCACGGACCAGAAACUGGCUUUACUGAAACUGAAGAUGUCAUGCUAACGGGGUUUAGCCAACUGGGAUACGAAAGACUUAAUGACGCUAACAACCCUAAUACUCUAGGCUUUGGUCCCGCGCAACUAAAUUCUGAUGAAAAAGGCUUUAGGACCAGCACAGCUAUAAACUAUCUCCUCCCAAUUAAAGACAGGAAUAACUUUUACCUCCUCAAGAAUACUUUAGCCAGUAAGAUUGUUUUUAACGGGACCAGAGCUGUUGGAGUGGAAGUGAUUAGAGAGUCAGGCGAGACACAGGUUUUCUACGCGAAUAAGGAGGUGAUAUCCUCAGCUGGAUCUUACAGGACCCCGCAGUUGCUAAUGCUUUCUGGUAUCGGGCCUAAGGCUCAUCUAACAGACCUAGGAAUAGAGGUUCUGGCAGAUUUGCCAGUAGGCUUGAACCUGAAGGAAUUGGCUGAUAUACCAUUGUUUAUGACAGGAAAUCAGGGGCUUCUAAGCGCCACACAACUGGCUUCAGCCACUUUGAAUCUUGACUCAUUUCCUUUGCCAGUCGUGGAUGGCUGGUUCAGUCUAAACAACAACUGCCAAUGCCCAGACUUCCGUAUCUACCCUCUUACUUUUGGUGCCGCAUCACCUUUCUCCACAGUCGGUUGCAAUCUACUCUUCAACUUGGAAACCAGCGCUUGCAAUGCCCUUACGCUUGCCAACACAGUAAAAGAUGUUGUCUUCCAUCAGAUAUUACUCGGCAGUCCCAAAUCUUCUGGCAACGUCACCUUAAGGAGUUUAGACCCGAAGGAUCCUCCACGAGUCUUCACUGGUUUCUUUAGCUCAGACGAAGAUUUAACGCGCAUGGCUGAAGGCGUAAAGCGCAUAGCUAGACUCAAAGACACGCCAACUUACAAAAACUACGGCGCAGAAAUCGUAGACUUGGAGCUACAACAAUGUAAAGAUUACGAGUUUGGUACUACAGAUUUCUGGCGUUGUUACAGUCUAAAUACUGUAGCGUCUCUGUACGGGCCUACUGGUACUUGCAGAAUGUCAGUGGAAGGGGCUGAGGGAGUGGUAGACGAUCGGUUGCGGGUGCUCAACGUCCAGGGUCUAAGGAUUGUUGACGCGAGUGUCAUAAACAACUUGAUGGGCGGAGAGGCGCAUGGGAAGACGUUGGCUGUUGCGGAGAAGGCAGCUGAUAUUAUUAAGCAAGAUUACGGGGUUUUGACAUGAAUAUGAUAGAGGAAAAUUUUAAUAAAA